CUUCCUGCUUGGAUUCUACGUCCUGGGCUUCAUUCCCGUCUUUUGCUGCUUUGGCCUCCCCCAGCUGAUUUUAUGGGUGCUGAGCCGAGCCCAGGUCGGAGGCAGCAUGAAGUGUGUCGUCAACGGGGGCAACGUCAAAGUGCUGGGAAAAGCCAUCCACUCCCUUUCCCGUGUGGGAGACGAGCUCUACUUUGAGCCCCUGGAGGAUGGGCUCUCCCUGCGGACGGUCAACUCCUCCCGCUCCGCCUAUGCCUGCUUCCUCUUCGCUCCCCUCUUCUUCCAGCACUUCGAGGCGGGGGCUCCCGGGGCGCUGCCGCUGCGCUGCAAAGUCCUCAUGAAGUCUCUGCUGUCGGUUUUCCGCUCGCUGCCUGCGCUGGAGAAGACAGUGGAGCGGUGCUGCGUGUCACUGAGGCCCCAGCGCAGCUGUCUGGUCAUCCAGCUACACUGCAAAUACGGCAUGACCCGGACCCACAACCUGUCCCUCCAGGAGUGUGAGUCGCUGCAGGCGGUGUUUGACCCAGCCCGCUGCCCGCACCUGCUGCGGGCCCCCGCCCGGGUCCUGGUCGACGCCAUCCUGCCAUUCCCCCUGACCCUGGCGGAGGUGACGCUGGGCGUGAGCCGUGGCCGCAGGGUGGUCUUCCGGAGUUUCGUGGAGGAGGCCGACCCCACUAAGGCGAUGGUGACGGAGAUGAGCCUCGGGCAGGAUGAUUUCCAGCAGCUGCAGGUACAGGAAGACAGCACGGCCAUCACCUUCUGCCUCAAGGAGUUCAGGGGGCUCCUGAGUUUCGCCGAGUCAUCGAACCUGCCCCUUAACAUCCACUUUGAUGCGCCCGGCAGGCCGGCCAUUUUCACCUUUGAGGACUCGCUGCUGGAAGGACACUUUGUUCUGGCCACGUUGUCCAAUUCCCAACUCUGCUCCCAGGAGCCCCUCCUCCCUGCCGGCCACGACGCCCUUUCCAGGGAUUGCCUCCCCGACGACUUUGCCAACGACGACAUCGACUCCUUCAUGGUCACCAUGGAAACCAGCGCGUGCCCGGGGCUGAUGACACCCCCGCCGGGCCCCCCAGUCAGCCCGCUCCCCCUCGAGGAGGAGGAGGAGGAGGAGCUGGAGCCUGUGCCUGGAACCCCUCCCCUGAAAAAGUUCCGCUCCCUCUUCUUCGGCUCGGUGCUGACCGGCCCCCAGCCCCACGGCGCCCCGAGCCGGGUGCUGGCCGAGGACAGCGACGGUGAAGGCUGAAGUGGCCGCCUGCCCCGAGACCCGUCCCCCACCUCUCCUCCCUCCCCACCCCCUGACUCUGUAAAUAAACCGUAUCAAGAGACCCA